CCGUGCGGGGAACGAAGGUGGGGCGGGAAUGUCAUGGGAAAGGUAGUGGGGAGUCCCGGACACUGAAUCUGGGGGACAAGCUGUGGUGCCUUCCUAUCUUAGAAGGGGAGUGGGGUGGCCGGGUGCUAAACUGGGGGAGGGGGAUUUGGCGGGAAGCUCUGAUCACUAGAUCCAUUAGGAAGGGUUGGGAAUCUGAGAGAAAUCGGGAGAGCCCAGUGCGGGGCUCACAAUCAGUACAGGUCAUCGAGAGAGAAUGGGGAAAAUCAGGGUGGGGUGAACGGGAGGGGACUUGGAGUGAAAUGUCUCCAGUCUAAUGCCCCGGUUUGAGAAGACCCAUCAGAAGGUGGAACAUGGAGAUAUUUGAGGGGAAUAGAGAAUGGGUUGUUGAGAGGAGACUUCUUUUAGCCUCAGCUUAGGAGUUGGAGUGAUCCUUUAGAAUGGGGUAAGGGUGUGGAUUUGACGUUUGAGAGUGAAACGGGGGAAACACGUGAGUUGGUGCCUACGGCGGUGUACUAUCUGUGAGGAGAUGUCAAAGAAUUCUGGAGUGCAAUGUGGGAAAUGAUCCAGAUGUUGGAAGACUCCACUCGCCAACUAGCCGAAGACCGGAUAUUGACGUGAGGGGUGGAGCCGGGGGUGGAGACUUAAGAUUUUUGAGGCACUGUAGUAAAGGGCUUGAAAACAUAUGGUACUCAUGGUUGAUGGUGACAGGCAGUGGGGACAUUGUUGGGUAGAACUGGGUAUUACUGAAACCCAAGGAGGUUGAAAACAUGUGAGCUGAAGGGAUGGGGCGAUGCUGGAGGGGCGUUUUCUGAGGCCCCACCCCCUUCCAGCAGGAUUUCUGAAAUCCCCAACACUUCUUCCCUCUGGGGGAUUUGAUCCCCCAUGGCCACCGCUAACAGCAUCAUUGUGCUGGAUGAUGAUGAUGAAGAUGAAGCUGCUGCUCAGCCAGGGCCCUCCCACUCACCCCCCAAUCCAGCCUCACCCCCGGCAGAAGCCCCUGGCUCCUCCCAGCCCCCUGGGCCUGGAGGAAGCAGUAGUUCUGGCGGCAAGAAAUGCUACAAGUUGGAGAAUGACAAGCUGUUUGAAGAGUUCCUUGAACUCUGUAAGACGCAGACGGCGGACCACCCUGAGGUGGUCCAAUUCCUCUGUACCCGGCAGCAUCGUGCCCACUCUCCGUUUUUGGCCUCAGCAGAAUACUGCAACAUCCUUUCUCGAGUCCUAUCCCGGGCCCAGAGCCGACCAGCCAAACUCUAUGUCUACAUUAAUGAGCUCUGCACUGUUCUUAAGGCCCAUUCAGCCAAGAAAAAGCUGAACUUGGCACCAGCCGCCACCACCUCUAGUGAGCCCUCCAGUAAGGACCCUUGCACAGACCCCUCCUCGGACCCUGCAAAUGCUGAGACCGCUGCCUCUGAGGCCUCAAGGACCCGUGGUUCCCGGCGGCAAAUCCAGCGCUUGGAGCAGCUGCUGGCUCUCUAUGUGGCAGAGAUACGGCGGCUGCAGGAAAAGGAGUUGGAUCUCUCAGAAUUGGAUGACCCAGACUCCACAUACUUGCAGGAGGCCAGGUUGAAGCGGAAGUUGAUCCGCCUCUUUGGACGGCUGUGUGAGCUGAAAGACUGCUCUUCACUGACAGGCCGGGUUAUAGAGCAGCGUAUCCCCUACCGUGGCACUCGCUACCCAGAGGUUAACAGGCGCAUUGAGCGCCUCAUCAAUAAGCCAGGGCCUGAUACCUUCCCUGACUAUGGAGAUGUGUUGCGGGCUGUAGAGAAGGCAGCUACACGGCAUAGCCUUGGCCUCCCCCGACAGCAGCUCCAGCUCAUGGCUCAGGAUGCCUUUCGAGAUGUGGGCAUCAGGUUACAGGAGCGACGCCACCUUGAUCUCAUCUACAACUUUGGCUGUCACCUCACAGAUGACUAUAGGCCAGGCAUUGACCCUGCACUGUCAGAUCCUGCCCUAGCCCGGCGCCUGCGGGAAAACCGAAGCUUGGCUAUGAGCCGGCUGGAUGAGGUCAUCUCCAAAUAUGCAAUGAUGCAAGACAAAAGUGAAGAGGGUGAAAGACAGAAGAGAAGAGCCCGGCUCCCUCAAGCCACCUCUUCUCACUCUGCAGACUCUCCCAAAGCAUCCUUGGAUUCCGGUGAGGGCCCUAGUGGAAUGGUACCCCAGGAGUGUCCUGUCACCUCCAAGACUGAGACAGAUGAUGAAGAUGAGGAAAGUGAGGAGGAGGAGGAAGAGGAAGAGGAGGACUCCACAGAUUCUGAGGAAGAGGAGGAUCUGGAACAGAUCCAGGAAGGUCAGGGGGAUGAUGAAGAGGAGGAGGAGGAAGCAGAUAAGGAUGGAGAUAAGAGCCCCAUGUCCCCACCACAAAUUUUUACUGAGAACCUGGAACCUAGCAAAGGAAUCAGCAGGUCCUCAGAAGAACAGCAAAACAAAGGACUCAAAAUGUCGCCAUCUUCACUGUCAGCAGGACCCUUGGCCCCCUCUAGCAUAGACGCUGAAAGCAAUGGAGAACACCUUGAGGAGUUGCGCCUGGCAGAAGAGAGCCCCAUAUCCCAGCUCUUUGAGUUGGAAAUUGAAGCCUUGCCCCUAGAUGCCACCCCUUCCCCUGAGGAGAGGGACACUUCCUCUUCCAGGAAGCAAUCAGAAGACACCCUCACCACUGUCUUGGAGAAUGGAGGAGCAGCCAUGGUCUCCUCCACUUCCUUCAAUGGCGGUGUCUCUCCUCAUGCGGGGGGAGAUUCCAGUCCCCCCUGCAAGAAAUCUCGGAAGGAAAAGAGGCAACCAGAAACAGGACCAUUAGGAAACAGCUAUGAGGAGAGGGAAAGGCCAGUGCUUGAGAAGAAUGGGAAGAAGAUGUGUACUCUGCCCAGCCCUCCUUCUCCUUUGGUCACUGUGACCCCGGUUGCCGAUUCCUCCACAAGGGUGGAUUCUCCUAGUCAUGGCCUGGUGACCAGCUCCCUCUGUAGCACAUCUCCAGCUGGGCUGUCCCAACCCCCUCUGCCACAACCCUUGGGGCCUGGUACUUACAAGACGAGUGUGGCCACACAGUGUGAUCCAGAGGAGAUCAUCGUGCUCUCAGACUCUGAUUAGCUGCCUCCCCCAACCCCUGCCUCCCAAAUGUUUUGGUGUUGUAUUGGAGGAUGGUGGAAAGCAGAUGACAGAGGAAGGAAUGGACUGAGCUGAUCCCCCUUUGGUGGUGUUUCUUAAAAAUACGAACAGCAAAAGUUGAAGUUUUACACAAAAACAUUAAUAAAGUUUUUUUCUU